AUGCUUAAACGGAGUUCUGAUGGGUAUCGAACAAAUUGGUCAGGUCGUAGGGGAAAUAAUUAUAAGCGUUCACGCUACGGUGACGAUGGUAGAGGGUAUAGACGGCACGCAUUCUUACCUGUCUUCGAGCCAUCGGGAUUGUUAAGCUUGGAAUCGAAUUCCAGGAAUCAGGUUGCGCUUAAACAUGUGGAGCCCUCUGAUUCGGUUUCUCCAGAGGUUCAUUAUACGCGAUGGAAGGUGCCUUUGAGAAGAAGAACGAGGUUUGAAGCGUUGUUGUAUAGAAAGGGAUCUCAAGAAGGCGGUAGUGGUAAUGAUGAAGUACAGGAAAGAUGGGAACUUUCUUCGGCAGCGAGUUAUAUAAUCGGUAGUACGAUUACGAAGUCGGAUAAAAGCGAGAAUGCGGCUGUGGUCACUGAUAUUGGGAUUCCAGAGGAGACUAUUUCGGAACAACAUGCGGUGAUCCAGUUUCGUGAAAGGGAUGGGGGGGCGUUAGUUCCCUAUGUAAUAGAUUUGAAUUCGUCGAACGGGACUUUAUUAAAUGGUUCGGUGAUUCCUCAGGCUAGGUAUGUUGAACUUCGCAGUGGAGAUGUCCUGGAGUUUAGUAACAAUUCAAAUGACACAAAUUUUGAAUUGAUCUUUAUGGCAGUAUGA